CAUCACAGUAUUCAGUAAAACCGCGAACCAAACAGACGUGAUCAAGAGCUUUUUUAUCUCAAAACAAAUUACCACGUGACGUAUAACGUAGCUUAUAAAAAUUUUUGUUUUAUAUUUUUUUUUUUUUUUAACUCAAGUGUAUCAUUAUUUUACUGAAAAAAAAAUUAUAAAAAAUUCGAAUAUGGCUUAUCAUGUACGUUUAUUUAUUUCAAUAUUAUUAUUAAUAUUUAUUAUUGAUAAAACAAAUUGUGCAAAAUGUGAUAGAAGACUUGAGGGAGUUACUACUUCACCAAUUUCUCUGGAAGGUAGAUUUGCCAUUAAUAUGUGGGCACUUAAUCAAACUGAAAUCGUUGAACAAUAUAUGCCAAAUGUUGCAUACACUGUGACAAUAAAUGGCUACAAUGUAACAAAUAUUCAAGGUAAAUUUACAAGAUUUAUAUUAACAGCUGAUAAUAAAAAUGAAUCAUCAAAUGUCGAAGGAAAAUUUGAUAUAAUUGAUGAAAAUUUAACAAAAUAUUCUGACAAAUGUCCAAAUACUGUUGUUGAAUCAACAAAAAUAUCAAAAGAAAAAAUAAGUGUUACUUGGACAAGCCCACCAGAAGGAAGUGGCUGUAUUAUGAUCAGAGCAACAAUAAUGGAAACUCCAGAAACAUGGUAUAUGGAUGAAGCAGGUAUAUCAAAAGUUUAUUGUCAAGAUCCAAAAGCUGAUGCUGAUGAACCAGGUCCUGUAUUACAAGACUGUUGUGCAUGUGAUGAAGCAAAAUAUGAAGUUACAUUUGAAGGAAUUUGGUCAAGAAAUACUCAUCCAAAAAAUUUUCCGCCAAAAGGUUGGCUAACAAGAUUUUCCGAUGUUAUUGGUGCUUCACAUACAGUAGACUAUAGAUUUUGGCGUUAUAAUGAAACAGCUAGUCAAGGGCUUCAACAAGUUGCUGAAUUUGGAUCAACAAGAAAAUUAGAAUCCGAAUUAAAAGAUCAGAGUGAACAUAUAAGAACAAUUAUAAAAGCACGUGGUAUAACACAUCCCAAUGUAACAUCAAAAACAUUUGCUGUAUUUAGAGUUGAUAAACAACAUCAUUUAAUGUCUCUAGUAUCAAUGAUUGUACCAUCACCUGAUUGGAUAGUUGGAGUAUCAGGUCUUGAAUUAUGUCUACCAAAUUGUUCAUGGAUUGAACAUAAAGAACUAAACAUGUAUCCAAUUGACGUUGGAACAGAUGAUGGUAUCACUUACAUGUCACCAGAUGCGUUAUCUGAUCCACCCCAGUUAAUAAGACGAAUAACAAAUGAUUGGCCAAAUGAUAGUCAAUCACCAUUUUUUGAUCCACUGGGACCAGAUAUGAAACCAAUGGCAAAACUUCAUUUAAAUCGUCAACGGUUAUAUGAGAAAUCAUGUGGAGAUACAACUACAUCUUCUCAAGAUUCAGGUGGUGAUAAUGAUAGUAAUAAUAAUAAUAAUGAAUCAGAUAAUGAUAAUAAUAAUUCAAAUAGAAGAAAUAAAAAUAAAGCUUGUAGAACAACUCGUUGGGGUGAAUGGGGACCAUGUGGUGUAACAUGUGGUCGAGGUACAAGAUUACGUCAAAGAAAUUAUAAAGAUAAAGAAGCUGCUGCAUUACAUAAUUGUAAUGUGCCACUUACUGAUAGAGGAGAUUGUUAUGCUAAUAAUCCAAAUUGCAAUGGACAGACAGAAGAAGGAACAAUAUUAAGUACUCCUGAGUGUGAAUUAAGUGAAUGGAGUACAUGGAGUUCUUGUACAACAACAUGUGGUGAAGGUAGUACAACAAGAUCUCGUAAUUUUAUUCAUAAAAAACACAGAAAAAAAUGCAAGGCAAUUGCAAAUGGUCCACAAUUACAGGAAACAUUUGAUUGUGAUAAUGGACCAUGUGAAAAUUCAGAAACAAAAGAAAAUUGUCCAGCAGAUGCAUAUGGACCUUGGUCACAAUGGAGUCCAUGUUCUGUAUCAUGUGGUUCUGGAUUAAAAUCACGUUAUAGAUUUUCAAAUGACAAUACACAGGGUAUCAAUGAGUGCAAAGAACAACAUGUUAAUUGUAUGGCUGAAGUACAUGAUUGCAAUAUAACACCAGAAAUUGCUGAUGAAAUGUGCUCUGAAUCAUUAAUGCCAGGAAAUUGUCAACGUAUAUAUAAACGUGUUUAUUUUGAUAAUGAAAAACAACGUUGUCAAUAUUUUGAUUAUACUGGUUGUGAUGGUAAUAAAAAUAAUUUUGAUACAAUGGAAGCUUGUAAAAAAAUUUGCAUCGAUAUGAGAAAAAAUAUAAAAAUUCGUCAUAAUGUACAACAAAAAAAUCACAAAGUCACAAUGAGUAGUUUAUUGAAUUAUCAUAUUCCAGCUCAAAGUGAAAGAAGAAGUGGAAAAUCAAAACGAGCUAAAUACGAAAAUCAAGAUACUGAGGAUUUUAAUGGAAUACAAACUGGUAGCCAAGUUGUAUCAACAACUCGUGUUACAAAUGAUGAUAAAAAAAUUGAUUGUCAAGUAACAGAAUGGAGUGAUUGGGCACCUUGUAAAAUUUGUAAAAAUCAUACAUACAAAACUCGUGCAAUUUUAGUUAAAGCAAAAAAUGGAGGUAAUAAAUGUCCAACAAAAUUGGCAAAAAAAAUGAAAUGUCAUAGACGUCCUGAAUGUGCUGAUCACAGUCAUUCUCGUCGAAGAAGAUAUCGAGAUCGUCGGCCUGAAUGGGAUCACAACCAAGUUUCAGCUGAUUGUAAAUUAACACAAUGGUCAACAUGGUCAAAAUGUGAUGGACCUUGUGGCAAUUCAUUACGUCAUCGCACAAAAAAAAUUAUUGUUGAUACACAUGGACCAACUGAAAAACCUUGUACUGAUUUAGUUGAAUUUCAAAAAUGCUCUAUUACUUGUUCAUAAUAAAAACAAAUUAAAUAUCAUUUAAAAAAUUAAUUCAAUAAAAUGAUAAUAAAAGUUUUUGUCAAUUUAAAUUAAUAAUAUUGAUAAUAAAAUUUAAUGACAAACGCACAUAAUUAUAAAUAAUAUAUUAUCCAUUCAUUCCUAUUAAAAUAUAUUAAAAUAAAACAAAAAAAUUAUAUUCAUCUUGAAAUAAAAUAUUCAGUAUUAAUUGAUUGAAAUUUUAAUAAAUAAAAAAAAAUCAACAUGAAUUGAGAUAUAAUUAAACGAAAUUAAAAUUAAAAUAAUUAAAUGAAAUUUUUUUCUAUUUCGAAAUUUAAUUAUCAUUUUGUUUAGUCUAAUAAUUCAUUUUUAAAUUCAUAGAAAAAAAAAAUAAAACAAGUAUAUUUAUUUUUUAAUAACAGAAUUAUAAUUAUUCUGAUAAUUUUAUUUAAACUGAUAAUUAAAAAAUAAAUUCUAUCUU